CGCUGAGGAACUUUGCUGUGUUGUAUAUGUUGCUGAGUGUGUUGUUACUGUGCUUCUGUUUGUAAACAGUAUAUUGGGUUUUUAACUGAGCAACACAAGCGAAAAUGUCGGAAAGAAAAGUGUUAAAUAAAUAUUAUCCUCCGGAUUUCGAUCCGUCGAAAAUCCCGAGGAUGAAGAUGCCAAAAAAUCGUCAAUACACUGUGAGACUUAUGGCUCCAUUUAAUAUGAGGUGUGUUACCUGUGGAGAGUACAUCUACAAGGGAAAAAAAUUCAAUGCACGAAAAGAAGAUGUUGAAGGAGAGGAUUAUCUAGGAAUAAGGAUCUACAGAUUUUACAUAAAGUGUACACGCUGCCUACAGGAAAUCUCAUUCAAAACUGAUCCUAAAAAUACAGACUAUGAAAUAGAAGCAGGUGCAACUCGCAAUUUUAUGGCCCUGAAACUUGCAGAGGAACAAGCACAAAGAGAAGAGGAUGAACGUAAAGAGGAUGAGGCAACGAAUCCUAUGAAGCUUCUUGAGAACCGCACAAAACAAUCAAAGCAAGAACUAGAGCUACUUGAAUCACUGGAAGAACUGAGAGACCUCAAUCGCCGUCAGCGAUCAGUUGAUUUUGAUGGCAUGCUCUCCCAGUUUGAUGACACUGAGAUUCGUAAACGUCUCGCAGAACAACAAGAAGAAGAAGACGAGAAAUUUAUUAAGUCUGUAUUUGGCAAGAAGAAGGUUAUAACAGAAGAAAUUGUAGAAACUUCAAAUAUCACGAGUACUAAUGUCAGUGCUGGCAACAGUAAUGAACCCCCUCAAAAAAUAGCACGCUAUACAGAACCAGUACAGUUAAAGACAACACAGACAACCUCUGUGAUGGUAAAGCCAAGUAGUGUUGGUUCAUUGAAUGCAAAGAAACCACUUAAAGGACUGGUUCGUUUAAAGAGCUCUACUGGAAAUGACUCGGUUGCUAACCAAGGAAGCAAAUCAUUUGUUGGGACUGUGAGCUCAGAAAAAUCAAAAUGUGAUGAGAAACCUCCAUCUUCAAGCAACAAGAAUGAAACACAGGCAAAAUCUGUUCCAAAUGGGCUGUCAUUAUUGGGAUCAUAUUCUGGGAGUGAUAGUGACAGUUCUUAGCCACUGACAUGUCAUUAUAGUGAAAUUCGACUAUUCUGUACAAUCUUGUUUUUGUAUAUUUUAUAAUAAAUGAAAAUGAUUGUAAUAUAAUUUUACAAUUAAGUGAAUUGUCUGUCAAUACUUGACAGACUAUUGUAAUAUAAUUGUAUACAGUUAUGAGGGAAGUGUGUUUAUAUGUUGAAAUAUAUUUGUUUUCUGCCUCA